UUGCAGCUCAGCAAGAACACACCCAGACACACCCAAUCUCCACUUCACACAUUCGCAAAGAUGGUGAAGCCAAUCACUGGCAUGCUCCGCCGGGGCCUCGUCCUCGAUCUCUCCGUUGCUUUCGGCCUCGGAACCUCCUUUGGAUACUUCUGGUGGUACGGCUUUCACGUCCCAUCCGUCCGCAAGCGAGAUGUUUUCUACGCCAAGUUGGAGGACCAGCGAGCCAAUGCUUUCAGCCAGCAAUAGAUGAUGCGCCAGCGCAGAGUGGAUUUGAGGCGGGAAAAGGACAUUGCGAGUGCGAAACACCAUGCGACAAGUAUCACCGGCUGAGCGAUAGACACGGGACGCUGUACAUAUAUCACCAAAUCAAAGCAGGGAAUGGAGCGUUUGCAAAAACAUAUUUGGCCAUGGUUCCGUGCUCGCGCCGAACGUAUUGACACACGUGCAGCUCUGA